AUGGAUAGUGGACAGAAGAAAACCAAUAAUCUUAUUUGGAAUGUGCGGGGUGUUGGAGGAAAGGAAGUCCUAAGACUAUCAUCGAAGUUACGUCAGCGUUAUAAGUUUGAUUUCUUGGCUCUUUUAGAACCCAGGAAGGAUAGUAGAAGAGCACAAACUUUAGCAUGGAGGGUGGGAUUGACUCAGUUUGAUUGUGUGGAAGCUAAUGGUUACAGUGGAGGAACUUGGUGCUUUUGGGGGGGAGAAUGUGGAUUUUCGGGUCAAAGAGAAACAUGUACAGAAGCUCAUGGGGUACAGAAAUGUUGUAUUAGUGGAGACUUCAACGCCACAUUGCAUAAGGAGGAUUGUAUGUCCUUGCCAACUACUCAAUCUCAUGUUAACCAUUAUUUCAAGCAAUGGGCGGAUGCAUCUGGGGUGAGUGAUUUGGGAUUUCAAGGUCUUAAAUAUGCAUGGAGUAGCGGUAGGUCGUGUAGCAGAAAUGACCGAUUGCUUGUUAAUGCGAGGUGGUCUGAGUACUUCCCUGCAGCUUCUGUGAUACAUUUACUGAGGAUCAAAUCUGACCAUUGUCCCAUUUUCCUUAAAUUAUGUAAUGAAGAUCAGUGGGAUUGGAAUAAAUAUGUAUUCGGGGACAUUAACAGGCGAAAAGCAGUGUUAAUGAGCAAAUUGGAAGGCAUUAAUCGGCAGCUUAGUGUGAGUACGAACAUUGAAUGUUUAGAAAAAGAACAUGCCGAUCUCUGGAUCAAGUUAGAAAUGAUUUUAGUGCAAGAAGAGAUUAUGUGGUUGCAAAGGUCAAGGUGUAAUUGGUAUGCUCAGGGGGGUAAGAAUACAAGAUACUUUCACACAAUGACACAAUGUCGAAAGAAGCGAAAACGUAUAGAAACUCUAAAGGGUAAGGAUGGAGAAUGGAUUUACAAUAGUGAGAUCUUAAGGAAAAUGGAGACCAAGUUCUACAAACAAUUAUAUGCUGCGGAAUCAAUCUCCUUGGAUGAGAUUGUUUUUGGUGGUUGCUUCUUAAUAAUAGAGGAGGACAUCAUUGAGUCGCUAGGACAUGAUAUAAGUAGACUUGAAAUUAAAGGACCAGUGUUUGCAAUGGGGCCCCUUAAAGCUGCGGGCCCAGAGGGGUUAAACCUUUUGUUCUUCUAA